AUGUUGAAGCAGGAUAAUGACAGCUCCAAGAACAACAGCGCCACGGAAGCGGGUGGUCACCUCCAAGCCCAGAUCAGGAAGAUCAAAUGCGACGAGGGCCGACCGAAUUGUCAUAAGUGUGCCUCCACAGGCCGCACAUGUGAUGGCUACGAGCUUCCGCCCGAAAAUGGAACGUCGACGAGUUCAAGGCGCCGCUUGCUCCCUUCUCCGGAUGGCUCUUCGCCUUCAACCUCCGGCUCGUCCCCAAGUCCAGUUUCGGUACUUCGCCCGAAGGAGACGUCGCCAGACUUCUCCAUGACCGAGCACGAACGAAACUGCAUGAGCUACUGGAGGACCUUCGGUGCUAGAGCCGUCUAUCGAGCAACGCCAGUCCGAGAAUGGGUCCAGCUUGCCCUGCAGUUCUCCACCAUCGAGCCCGCUGUGAUGCUGGCGAUCACAGCCUGUGCCACUGUCCAGAAAAGUGUCGCCAUCUCCAUGCACAAGGCAAUGGAGCCGCCCACAGCCAGCACCAGGAACGUAGAUCUUGCCAUGGUGCAGUUCGGAAAGGCGACAUCCGCCUUGAGACGGUACAUCCACAAAGCCGUAAACGGCAAUGCAUGCCUUGAGCCGGUCUUGCUUUGCGCUAUUCUCUUCCUGCUGUUUGAGAUCGGACGCGCAAAGUUCCAAAAUGCCCUGGCCCAUCUUAAUUUCGCACGCAAGAUUGUUCCGCUUCAGAGACUGAGUGCAUUCUCUGGCGACGCUAUAGAGGAAUUUUCUCACCUUUUCUCUGCGAUCGAAAGCAGCGCCAGCGUCACAGGGACACCAAUGGGCCUGGAUCAGGACAGUCAUUUCCAUUCGAGAAGGACACUCGAUCCCACGAUUCCAGCUGCCUUCGAGUCGCUGAGCGAAGCCAAGGAGCACCUGAACAUCCUUCUCGAAGCCAGUGAAGAGGCGCGUAAUGAGUUGGUCCAGCUCGCCGACGAACUCAUCACUUCAGAGGACAGGAGUCGCCUUCACCCGGCCACGGCCUUUAUGAUCAAACACUGCCUGAGCCGGACUAUCGUCCCUGAUUGUGCCUUGCAAGCUCGUAUACAGGGUCUCGAAGGCGGGUUCAAGCGCUGGAUGCUGGCUUUCGACUUCCUCACGGACUCUACCUUGCAGCACUCCGAUCCAGAGACAUACAUUUUCGGGGCAACUCUUCGUCUUCAAUAUCUAGUCGCUUUCGAUACCCUUCAACAUUGCUGUUCUCCAUGUGAGGCAGACUGGGACACGCCUGGCUCCGACUCGACCUUCGCAACUACUCUCGAUGUCAUCGAGCGCUUCCUUGCCUUGACAGCAACGAGCAUGCCAAAAGGCGUGUCCGGACCGGUCCCGCCGUACGCUCCCGGAGACAUGCGGCAUGCUUCGUUCGGCUUGGAACCAACCGCCCUUCCAGCACUCGCACACAUCGCGUUCAAAUGCCGAAACACGAGCAUUCGCCGCCGGGCAUUGAGAAUGCUCCUGACCGCUCGCCGCAGGGAGGGUCUGGGACAUAGCGAAAGCGCGGCGUGGUUCAUCUCGGUCAUUGUGGACGCAGAGGAACAAAGUGCGCGACACCACCUGCAACAGCGUGGUGUGGUGCCCGGAAAAACGUUAAUGUCGGAACAGGUUCCAGAAGCUGCACGAAUUAUGUUCAUGGUGGCCUGUGGCGAAACCGAAGAGACCACCAGGGUCAUCUGUGCCAGGUUUCGACAUGAAGACGACGGAAAGCUGGAGCUGAGACAGUGGAUUGGCCAGAAAGAACCAAUCGUAUUCGAAGAGAUCGACACGCUGGUAAUGCAGUAUCAUUGUUGA